UUUUCUGGAGGGGAUGGAGGAGGCGGAGGAGUUGCUUUCCAAGGGCGAGAGACUGCGGUUGGCCCCCGACCCGCGCCUGGGCCUGGACUUGGGAUGGAUCCCCUCUGGACAAGGCUGUGCUCAGGGCCUCAAAGACUUCCCGCCCGAGCCGACCCGGGCCGUCCUCGCUCUGCAGAGCCUCCCCCGGGGCUUGGCCCUUGGCCCUUCAUUCGCCGAGGAGCAGCGCUUGGGGGUCUGGUGUGUCGGGGAGCCCCUGCAGCCGGGACUGCUCUGGGGGCCGCUGGAAGAGGAGUCCGUCCCCGAGCAGAAGGACGAAGGAGUGAAGCCACGGCGGAAGGAGGACGUGUCACUAGGCCCAUGGGGAGACGUGUGUGCUUGUGAGCAGAGUUCAGGCUGGAUCAGUUUGGUGCAGCGGAGCAGGCUGGAAAGUGAGGGAAAUGUGGCCCCGGUGCGGAUCAGCAAGAAGCUUCAUCUGCAGGUGUACCGGAUCAUACUGCCAGGCUUUGAGUUGCUCCUGUGGCCCCAGCCUCCCUCUGAUGGCCUGAGCCACAGGCUAGAAGAAGAGGCAGCCAUGGCUGUGCUGACAGAAGUGGACUCUGUGGUACAGCAGGAGGUGAACUCCCCAGGGGAAGAUGCAACAGAACCUUGGACAGAUCCUGGUCACCAGUCACCCCCCAGCAUCCAGGCAGAGAGUAUGGUAGGCCCUGGACUCAAGCCCCAAACCCAGGAUCAGCUUUCCAAGGAGACCCAACUGCUUGGCCCGCUCCCUCAGGAUGGCAGCAUGGAUGAGGAGGACCCAGCCCAGAAACAGAUGCCACCUGAAUCUCAGAGCAGCUCUGCUACCCAGCAGGGCACAGAGAGCAGUGAGUCCAGUUCCUCAUCCUCUGCCAGGGACAAUCAGCUACGUGCUUAUGUGGUCAAGAAGUUACGUGGUCCCAGUGGUCAGUGCCCACCCAGAGAAAUGACCUCGGAGCCCAGGGCCCAGCAGGCUGGAGAACAGCAACAACCUGGCUUCCCAGCAUGCUUGAGGAGCCCUCCUGGCCCAGCAGGAAGCUCCUCGAAACAGAGGCGACGGUACCGGUGUGGGGAAUGUGGUAAGGCCUUUCUACAACUGUGCCACCUGAAGAAGCACGCAUUUGUGCACACGGGCCACAAACCCUUCCUUUGCACUGAGUGUGGCAAGAGCUAUAGCUCAGAGGAGAGCUUCAAAGCCCAUAUGCUGGGCCACCGUGGGGUGCGACCCUUUCCUUGCCCACAGUGUGACAAGGCCUAUGGCACCCGGCGAGACCUCAAAGAGCACCAGGUGGUACAUUCAGGUGCCAGGCCCUUUGCUUGUGACCAGUGUGGCAAGGCCUUCGCCCGCCGGCCUUCCUUGCGGUUGCAUCGCAAGACCCACCAGGUGCCAGCUCCCCCUGCCCCAUGCCCAUGCCCUGUGUGUGGCCGGCCUCUUGCCAACCAGGGCUCCCUGCGGAACCACAUGCGGCUCCACACUGGGGAAAAGCCUUUCCUGUGCCCACACUGUGGCCGUGCAUUCCGCCAGCGGGGCAACCUGCGUGGGCACUUGCGACUGCACACGGGGGAGCGUCCUUACCACUGCCCUCACUGUGCUGAUGCCUUUCCUCAGCUCCCUGAGCUUCGGCGCCAUCUUAUCUCUCACACUGGGGAGGCCUACUUGUGCCCUGUGUGCGGGAAAGCCCUUCGAGACCCACACACACUGCGUGCUCAUGAGCGCCUGCACUCAGGGGAGAGGCCCUUUCCAUGCCCACAGUGUGGCCGUGCUUACACACUGGCUACCAAGCUGAGGCGCCACCUCAAAUCCCACCUAGCUGACAAGCCCUACCGCUGUCCCACCUGUGGCAUGGGCUAUACCCUCCCCCAAAGCCUCAAGCGCCACCAGCUCAGUCACCAGCCUGGGGUACCCACCAACCCAUCCUCCAGCCCACCCUCCGUGCCACCCGCUGUUUCUGAGCCCACUGUAGUAUUACUGCAGACUGAACCAGAACUGCUAGACGCAUGCAGGGAGCAGGACGUCUCCCCAACCCAGGACGUCUUUGAGGUCACCAUUUCGGAGAGCCAGGAUAAGUGCUUUGUGGUGCCUGAAGAGCCAGGCCCCACGUCCAGCCUGGUGUUCAUCCAUAAGGACAUGGGUUUUAGUGCCUGGGCAGAAGUGGUGGAGGUGGAGACAGGCACCUAACCCCCUGCCCCCCCCCCCCCCCCCGGAGUACUAUAUAAAGCUAGUGUUUUCUAGCUGCUGGAUGUCUGCAUCUGUCCUUGGGUUGCAUGUUGGAGUCUAGUCUAUUCUGAGAAGCAGAUCAGGGAUUUCCCUUCCUGUUUAUGGACUGCCACAUUGUUUCCCAAGACUAUAAGGUAAUCCUGUUCUAGGUUUAAGAACUUUUUAUUGACUUCAGUAGAGUUUGUUCUGCUUCCCUCACCAGGAACUCCUCAAGACGCUUGUCCUUUAAACAUGGCGGAAGUGACCGCACCCAGUGAGGUAGUCAGGUACCUGGCAGCACUAUUGCCCUACUGUGUGCUUAGUGCUGGGAUCAUCACUCCCACUGAGCUCCCUGAGGAGCAAGCACUUCCAUUUAGAAACCAAAUGGAAUGACUUGAAGGUUAAAAGGCCAGAGGCUUAAAAAAAACUAGAUGCUGAGUUCAGGUUAUAGCUCACUGUUGUCUCUAACUUGAGCUAUAGGUGGUUUAGGUGGCCACCAUCCCAGGGCUGUGAAAUUGUUUUUUUUUAUUAUUAUUAUUUGUUGAUAGACACCAGGCCAACUGGAGGCAGCUAGAGCCAGAUCUGGACCCUUCUGAAGACCUGGACAAAGGCAACCCUAUUGAGGGAAGGAAUGGACACAGGUCUUACAUCAGCUGCGGACCUGCACCACACUGGGUGCCAGGAUGCAGCUGGGAGCUAGACUGGGGUGACAUUCUCUACAGAGCUCAGGAUCUGCUAAGGCCGGAAGCACUGGACAAGAGUUUGCAGAGGAUCCCUAGCUAGUGCUAUAUGGACGUGUUAGAUGGGAUGGUUUAACUUGGUCUGGGGCAUCAAGGACAUGUCCCAAAGGAAUAAUAAUGGUAAUAAAUACUCAGCCCUUACUUUGGGCCAGUUGUUCAUAUUUAUAUAAUCUUCAUAGCAACGCUGUGAGGUUGGUGGUAGUAGUAUUCAGGUUUUACAGAUGAGGAAGCAGCUUUGAGUGUCAUGCUCAAGGUGGCACAUCUACUAGGUAGCAGAGCCGAGACAAACUCUCAACGACACUGCAGCCCUGCAUCUCACUCACGAUCUGAUGGAUGAGAAGGUGGAGGUGGUGGGAGCUGCACGUGCAGCAACCCUGUGGUGAGAGCCCGGGGGAUAUGAGCAACAGACGAAUGUGGCUGGGGCAGAUCACACAGGCCUUGCUUCAGGAGUUGGGACUUUAUUCUCAGAACAUUGAAGAGUUUUGAGAAGGGGAAUGACAUAACUAGAUUUGUGUUUGAAGAGGCCUCAAGGAUGGAUUGGCUGGUGAGUUAUGGUUGUGGGGAAAUCAGUUAAGGCUGCUGAGGUGAUGGGGAAUUGGGUGGUGGCAGUAGAAUUGUAGAGAAAUGGAAUCGUCAAACGUGAGCACUUUCUGCAUGCUAGUUAGGGAUAUGGCAUGGGAACAGCCUCUGCUCUCAGAGUUACAUCCUGGUGUGCAUAGACGAAACGUCAGAUGAUUAUAAAUGUAGUGAAAAAAAGUCAUGCUGGGGGAGAGGAUAAAACUAGUGUGAUUUUACAGAGGGAGGUCAGGGAAGGCCUCUGAUAACGAACAGGAGCAGAGAUCUGAACUCCACGAGGAGAUGAGCCACACUGAUGUCUGUAGGACCUGUAUUCCAGGGAAAGAGAACAGUAUAGUAUAGCAAAGCCCAGCGGGUUCAAACAAGAGCAAGGAGCAGAGAUGCCUGGGUGGCUCAGCAGUUGGUAUCUGCCUUCGACUUCAGGGUGUGAUCCCAUGGUGCCAGGAUCAAGUCCCACAUUGGGCUUCCUGCAUGGAGCCUGCUUCUCCCUCUGCCUGUCUGUCUGUCUGUCUGUCUCUCUCUCUCUCUCUCUCUCUCUCUGUCUUUCAUGAAUAAACAAAAUCUUAAAACACACAGACACACACACAAAUGAGCAGAGUGGCCAAGGCAGAGGAUGGAUGGAGGUAAGGGCAGGUUGGGGACUAUGGGCCAUGGUGAGGAUUUUGGGCAGAUAAAUUCUCUGAGAGAAGUGACAAUUCAUGGACUGAGGGAAGGAGGGAGAGCUGACUACUGGUUUCUGACUUAGCACAUUAAGUGGCACUGGGGUGAGAGUAAGGAUUCUGGUUGGAGGUGGGCCGAGUUUGAAGUGCCUAUGGUAGAAACCACAAGCUGUCAGAAGUCUGCAGGAUAUAGGGAGAAAAGGCUGCUGUAGAGGGGGAGUCACGACACUAGUGACCAGGUCCUGAUCAUCAAAGCUGGGGUUUUAAGAGGUGAGCAGAGAGGGGGGCCAGGUUCACUUACAGGAGGGAGGCUUUGCAGGGGACACGGAAAUUGCAUCCAACAAAAUAGAAAACCUGUCAAGUGUGUGUCACAGAAGCAGAAAGAAGAGGGUUUGACCAAAGAAGUGGGCAAGAAAGUUCGCUGUUGUCGAGAGGGUUGAAGUUUGUGAAGUCACUGAGCUGAGUAAGGACAGGUGGAAGCCAGAUUGGAUUUGCUUUGAGGAGUAGGCGGCAAGAGAGGAAGAACUUAGAUUCUUGUCCCAUCCUCUGUCCUGCGGAAUUAGACGUGGCCCCUGUUUCACAGACUCCAGGCUGGAGCUGGCCAAGAUCACAUAACCAGUAAAUGGCAGAGCCAGGACUGAAACGUGGAGUGUUCUCUGGCUUCCCAGCACUCAAUCACAGUGUCACAGGCAGUCCUGUGUCUCGUGCUUUGCCACUGACAUUUACCCAGCACCUUCCCAAUUUGCAUAGCUUGUUGACAAAGCAUCAUUCUGAAACUGUCCACAGGGAGGGAGGACAGCAGGAAAUCGUGGUGAUCUAUGGAGAGAAAGGUCAUACCAUCCAAAGCACAAAAAAUAGCUGCUGAUACUAGUUUUGAGUAAGCCAGCCCUAGCUCUUGGAGCCUGUGUGAGGCUUGAUAGGUCCUAUUCUUUUCUAGCUCCUGCUUUGGGCAGGGUCGUGCCAGCUCAGCUGACAGCUUAGCAGUCAGCGUCUGCCAAGUGUGUUUAGGUGUCCUGGGACAUUCCCACCACUCGAUCCCCAGCUGUGCAGGGAGAACACACUCCUCCUUCACUACCCAUUUGGUGGUGAGCUGCGUGGGCAAGCUGGGCAUGCUUUGGGUCUGAGGAUGCCUGUCCACACCCCACAACCUUCCUUACACCCAAACCUGGAAUGCUUACACCCCCUUGCUACAUCCCCCACAUAAACGGAGAACUUUUCUCUCUGUUAAAGCUGUCCCUAGUGAUGCAGAGUGGGGUCAGAUCAAAACCACCAGACCCAAAGGCACAUGGUUUGGGAGCCUCUGUUCUGCCAGGACUUACGGUUAGAGUGUGAGCAGGCGUCAGAGAGUACUGUGCAAGCUCCCCAUAUUGCAGAGGAAGACAUGGAUGCCCUGAGAGGAAUCCUUUCCAAGGCUUGAGUAGCAGAACCAAGACAGAGGCCAGGUCUUCUGACCCCUAAUUUAGAAGUCUUCCAGUUAAAAUGCAGUGGCUGUUCUUGAAAAGAUUGAUCACCGGAGUAAUGUUUUUCAUUGAGGAAAUAAUCUUCAGAUGUCAGAAUAAUUCUUGUUUAUCUGAACAGUAGAGUCCCUUUAUUCUCUACUUCUUUCCUUCAUCCCCAGAUUAAGUCACUUUUAACAGUUUAGUGGAUAUGGCAUUCAUUUGAAUGCUGCUGCCUGCUGUAGGGCAAAGAUGCUAUGAAGUGGUGCUGGAGGACACCUUAACCUGGAGGCAGGUUUGACUGCAUGGUGUCUGCAGCUGCUAAACCAAACAUCAGACGGUGAAGGAGAUAAGGGAUCUUUUAUCCCCAUUUGCAACUUCAAUAAAAUGAGAAAAUCUUACAAUCAUCUGAAUUACAUUUAAGCACCUCUAAACAAGGCAAAGCAUCAUGGACUGUAAAAAGCCCCAUCUCAAGACAGGUUCAGGUGUGGUUCGUGACUCUACCCUUCCUUGACUGACUGCAUAAAUUUAGGCAAGUUACUUGGCUUCUCUCUGCCCUGUUUCCUCAUCUGUAAAAAGGGGGUAACUAUGGUGCCUACCUCAUCAGUACUAGGUACCCGGCACAUGGUGAGCAGUUAAUAAAUUGUAGCUGGUUACUAGUAGUAUUGUUAUCAGCCCUCUUAAUUUGGAAGAGAAUAUUAAGGUGCUUGCAUGUUUCCUCUAGGUAUUGCUUGUUUCAGGCACGUCUGCAUCACUCCCAAUAGUUUUGUACUUGGGGUGCAUGUCUACUGGGUUUGCUUCAUGGAACAGUGAGGCUGUACUCUAGCAGAAUGUCAGGGGAUGAAGGUAAUGCAAGGUGAAGAGCAGUGGUCUGAGAGGCAUGAGUCCGAGUCCCGGUCCUAGCUUUAUAGCACCAACACUACAGCCUUGGUCAAUUAGCUCCCCACCUCGAGACUCCCUUUCCAAACAGUGACAUAGGGAAUUUGGACCAGAUCAUUACUUUGCAAUCUCAGCUCCACCAUUGAGCCCUUUUGCUAACUUUUUUUCUUCUGUGGAUCUGAUAUAUUUUUUAAGAUUUUAUUUAUUAGAGCACAAGCAGGGUGUGGGGGAGAGGGAGAGAGAUAAGCAGACUCCCCACUGAGAAGGGACCCCCCCCAACUCGGGGCUCAAUCCCAGAAUCCUGAGAUCAUGACCUGAGCCGAAGGCAGAUGCUUAACCAACUGAGCUACCCAGUUGCCCCUGAAUCCUAAAUUUUAAGAGCUUUUGAUUAAAUAGAAAUUCACUCAUUUUAAAAUGCUGAUCAGAUUGAGGGGGAAAAAAUAAGGUAUUUAACCACCUCAAAAGAUAUAAUGUCAGCCACAAAAGAAAAAAAUUAUCCUUGUCUUAAGGUAAAUUCACAAUUUUUGAGGGUUUAAAAAAAUAUCCAAAAGGACAAGACCAUCCUGUAGUAUAUGCAUGGAGCCCUAGGCUGCAAAAUGUCUGGAUUUAAUGAUACCUGACCUUCUUUCCAGCUCUGAAAUUCUCUGUCUUGGAACAUAAUUUUACUGUUUUCAGUGAUUACAGAGCUUCGUUUUACAACAUAGCAUUGGCCUUACCCAUGAUUUUGUUUGACGCCAACUUGUUGGGAGAAAUGCAACCCUUCAUUAUCGCCUUGUGCUUAGUGGGUAAUAUGAUCCGCUUUAAGUGUGCAGGCAUGUUUUUGGGGUGAGAAACAAGAGGAUGUGUUCACACAAGGUGAUAAAGGCCUUCACUGCUUCUGUAUCUUUGGGGUAAAUCCCCAGCAGUGCAAUUGCUGGGUUGUAGCGUAGCUCUAUUUUUAACCCUUUGAGGAACCUCCACAGUUUUCCAGAGUGGCUGUACCAGUUCACAUUCCCACCAACAGUGCAAGAGGGUUCCCCUUUCUCCACAUCCUCUCCAACAUUUGUUGUUUCCUGUCUUGUUAAUUUUCAUCAUCCUCACUGGUGUGAGGUGGUAUCUCAUUGUGGUUUUGAUUAAAGGGGAAAGGAGAGAAAUUGAGUGGGAAAUAUCAGAGGGAGACAGAACAUGAGAGACUCCUAACUCUGGGAAAUGAACAAGGGGUAGUGGAAGGGGA